AUGGAUGACUCCGACGAUUCGUUGUACCAUCCCGAUGAGAGCGAUGACGCCUUCAAGGCGAGUCAACGCAAGCCCCAGCCUUCUCGACCACAGACGCCCGAACCAAACAAUGACACCAAAAGCGUCGCAUCCGAUCCGCCGAGCGCACUUCGUCGCUCAACACGUCGGCCCGUGCCGGUGACGAGACUGGACCCGUCUGUGGACAAGAGACCAGUGUCACUUGCACUACAGGUCCCCAGAGAGGCAUCCACACACAAGCCGGGUACCCGCAACCACACGAUCCAUCUGUUACUGAAGUUGCCUGGAUUCAGCUUCACCAGUGACACCAAUGUCUUCAGCGCCAGUAGGAGCACACGUUUCGCAUAUUUGCUGGGCGCCCAGUCCGCGCCAGCUUUCAACGAGAGAGUAGUGAUUCCCAGCAACCAGAGCAUCGUCUCAGUCCGUGUGGCCGACGUCCUUGAAGUGUGUUGCGACGAGUGGCUUGAGUACUGGCAGGAUGAGCCCUUGACGAGUGGAUUCUGGGGUGAAGCGGCUGAGAGCCUUCGCUGUCAGAAGAGAUACUGGGCAUCGAGGAAGCCCAACGCCUCUGGUGAUGAGGUAUACACGAUCUGCUUCGCGUACACGCGCCACUGGGACGAGAAUGGACGUGGCCGUGCCAUAAGUGACGAGGCCAGCUGGGGCUUCGAACUGGAGAAUGCCGCACGUGACUUCUUGGAGUGCAUCAGGGAGAGCGAGGCCCGUUUUGGCCUAAUCGAGAGGGCGAGAAGCGUCGACAGGAACAGGUCUGCCAACCGGAAUGGAACCACACGUGCCUUGGUAGCAAAUGAUGCGCCGUCCCGGGGCUCCAGAUCGAGGACCGCUGGCAUGGACAAUGGGCAUCAAUUCGUUCUCGGGGGUCACAGUGAUGUAGUCGUUGUCACGGGACCCCGUCACGGACACAGCGAUCAGGGCCAGGGAAGCUCCUCUAACAGGGUCAGGGCCAGGGUUGAAAGGGGCGAUCCAAACCGACUUCUGGUGACCUUCUCCGGUCUCGUCAAUCAGAUGCCGGGAGAACGAGAGGCACUACAUGGCGAUGAGGGUAAAGAUGUCCGGCCCCAAGCUGGAGCUGACGAGGAUGUGGAGAUGAGUUGA